AUGUCGUCCAGGCACUUCAUCAACGACGCCACGCACCUCGUCAACACGGCGCUGCACAGCCUUACCCUGACCAACCCCAACGUCGCUCUGGAUGCCGAGCACAAGAUCGUCUACCGCCGCGCCGCCUCGCAUGCGUCGUCCUCGCCGCAAGUCGCUCUCCUCGCCGGCGGGGGUUCCGGCCACGAGCCCUCGUUUGCCGGCAUGGUGGGGCCGGGGAUGCUGUCCGCGGCCGUCGCGGGCACCAUCUUUGCGAGCCCGUCGGCCGAGCAGGUGCGGCGCGGCAUCAUGUCGCGCGUGGACGCAGCACAAGGCGUGCUGGUCGUCGUCAUGAACUACACGGGCGACAUCCUCAACUUUGGCAUGGCGGUGGAAAAGGCCAAGGCCGCCGGCAUCGCGGCGGAGAUGGUCGUCGUCGGGGAUGACGUCGGUGUCGGGCGCGAGCAGGCGGGCAAGGUAGGCAGGCGCGGCAUCGCGGGCACGGUGCUGGUGCUCAAGGUUGCGGGCGCGCUGGCGGCGCGCGGCGCGAAGCUCGAGGACGUCGCCAAGGUGGCCCGGCUGACGGCGGAGAACAUUGUCAGCGUCGGCGCCAGUCUGGAGCACGUCCACGUACCCGGCCGUGCUGCCGCGGACGAGGACGCUGGCAGCUCCGGCCUGGCCCGCGGCGAGGUCGAGAUCGGCAUGGGCAUCCACAACGAGCCCGGCUGCGAAAAGGCACGCCUCGAGCUCCCCGCGCUCGUGUCCAAGAUGCUGGCGCAGCUGCUCGACGGGAGCGACAGCGACCGCGCGUUCCUGACCGUCAACUCCAACGAGGUCGUGCUGCUGGUCAACAACCUCGGCGGUGUGAGCGUGCUCGAGAUGGGCGGCAUCACGGCCGAGGUCGUCGCGCAGCUACGUAGCAAGCACAACAUCCGCCCCGUGCGCGUCAUCGCGGGCACGUUCAUGACGAGCCUCAAUGGCAUGGGCUUCAGCAUCUCGCUGCUCAACGUCGUCAACACGAGCAUCGACGGCGCGCCCAACAUGGUCGAGCUGCUGGAUGCGCCGAGCGAGGUCACCGGCUGGUCGGCGCCGAUCCAGAGAACUACGUGGGAGGCGGCGGCCGGGCGCGGCGAGGAAGCCGCAGGAGAGGAAGCCGCUGCGGCUGCGCAGGACGUCAAGCCCAGUGGGCUCAAGUAUGACCAGGAGGCGGCCAAGAAGGCGCUCACGACGGCGCUCAAGAAUGUUAUUGCGGCGGAGCCAGACGUGACGAGAUAUGAUACCGCCGUCGGAGACGGCGACUGCGGCAUCGGUCUGAAGCGCGGCGCUGAGGCCGUUCUGAAGCAUCUCGAGGGACAUUCUCUCACGGGCGACCUCGUCGUCGACGUCGCCGGCAUUGUCCCUGUUGUGGAGAACACCAUGGACGGCACCUCUGGCGCUCUCUACGCCAUCUUCCUCAACGCGCUCGUCCACGCGCUCCGCACGCUGUCCCCCGGCGAGGCUUCUCCCAGCCUCUGGGCGGCAGCGCUGAAGCAGAGCUGCGAUGCCCUGUCCCGGUAUACGCCUGCCCGCCCCGGCGACCGCACGCUCGUGGACGCGCUGUACCCAUUCGUCGAGACGCUCGCGAGCUCGGGCGACGUUGGGCAGGCUGCGGAGGCGUCGCACAAGGCGGCCGAUGCGACAAAGGGCAUGAAGGCGAGCCUGGGCCGCUCCGUGUACGUCGGUGGCAGCGGCUACGAGGAGGUUCCCGAUCCUGGUGCCUGGGGCCUUGCGUGCUUCUUCCAGGGUCUGGCCGGGAACUAA